CUCCUCAGAGCAGUUGCACGCACGCGGAAACUAAACGGCUAAAUUACAACAAAAUAAAUUCAAGUUAUGCGUUCUUAAUUCAAAAGUUUAAUAAUUUCUAACUAUUUUUCAAUUGACAUCACUUUUUAAAACGUCCGUUCGCGAUGGAGAUUCGAUUUCAAAUGGCCGCCAUCUUGUUUUUGUCUAUAACAUCAAUAGUUUUUGUUUACGGAUGUGAUAUCGAUGAUGUGGCAAUAUAUAGAGUAAAAGUGAAUUUUCUAUGGAGUGAAGAGAGAUUUCCGAAGGACUACCCGAUGAAUCGUCCUAAAGCACAAUGGUCACCUAUUUUUGGCCAAUCACACAACAACUCCUAUACACUUUACCGGUUGAAAGAAGUGGCCAGAACUUCAAUCCGCAACUUUGCUCAGUACAGCAAUAUAGAUGACCUGGUGAAAGAAGGUGAAGAUGAACCGAAGGUUUACGACCAGUUUUCAGCACCAGCUAUCGGUUUUGGUGUCGGUGAGACCAGUAACGUUGUGCUAGUUGAUGGAGCUCAUAGUUUUGUAUCCUUAAUCAGUCGUAUAAUACCUUCACCGGAUUGGUUUAUCGGUGUCGACAGUAUGGACAUGUGCGUGGAUUCCACUUGGAUAGAAGAAAUCACACUAGACCUAUAUCCUCUAGAUGCAGGUGCAGCAAGCGGGCUUACAUUCACAGCUCCCCGAUGGGAGACAUCACCUCCAGAACCUGUAACAAAGCAUGAACCUAGAACACCAAAUCAUCCAGCAGCUGGCUUUUACUAUCCUGAACUUAAAGAACUGCCAGCUAUUGCUAAAGUGGAAUUUAUAAAGAUAAACGAGUAUUCUACAAAGGAACUGAACGAACUGCUCAGAAAAGAUUUAUUGGCAAAACUAAAACAGAAAGACGAUUACAAAGGAUAUCCUAAAAGCAAACUUAUAAAUACUAAGAUUGAUAAGGAAGAAGUGACGACUAAGAGUCAAAUGGAUGUACUUACGGACCUAGAAGAGGAACCUUUGGGUACUCCGAGACCUAACUUGGCUCAAAAUUUCGUUAUUAUUGUGAAGGAAGAUCCGAAAGAAAUCUCAGAGGACGAAUUCGGUGAUGAUCUUCAGAACAUGGAUGAUGUAGUGAAAGCUGUGGCUCACGGCCGCAAGCUGGGCUUGAAGAAACAUCUCCCAAGGCAUUUCAGAUCACGACUGAAUCAUGCUAUCAAUAGGAUUCAGCCUAACGACUGCUUAGUGUCGGACUGGAGUGAUUGGACACCGUGCUCGGUCACCUGCGGUUUCGGUGACAAGUUUCGGUCUAGAACCGUUCUGAGGAAUAAGACAGAAAACGGGCGAGAAUGUCCAUUAUUGGAGGAGAGGACACAUUGCGGUAAUAUCAACUCUUGUGUUAAAAUUGAUUAUUUUGAUUGGUAAAGUUUGUAAAAU